AUCAAAUGUGCCGCCAGCGCUCCAGAAGCUCCGCAGCCUGUUGAGGGAUCGGAUGGAGUUGGAACGCUGAGCUGCACACUGAAUGUUUCCUUCUCCUUCUUGAGUAAAGCAAUCUCAUGAACAAUCUCAACUACUGAUGAACUAUGGUCACUCUUUGAGAGGAAGCGCUGGACUCCAGGCAUGUGACAGCCGCUGAGGUGGAGGUGGCCGGGUGAAAGAUGACUUUACUGGCAGGCGAUGGUUCGGAUUAUGACUACAGCGCUUUGAGUUGCACCUCGGACACCUCUCUGAACGCGCCGCCCAUCCAGGAGCAAGAAGCCCUCAAGGGCGUUUAUUACAAACGGGCACAACGACUGCCUCUGACCGACCCCGGCAUCCCCGAUGCUCUCCAUCCAGACGACAACGGCAACCUGCCGUCCUGUGGCCAGCGGCUGCACGUCAUCAUUAACGUGGGCGGCCUGCGGUACCAGCUUCCCUGGACCACGCUGGAGGACUUCCCCCUCUCGCGUCUGGGCCAGUUGCGCCUGUGCAGCAGCUUCGACGAGAUCAUGCGGGUGUGCGACGACUACGACGUGGUCCACAAUGAGUUCUUCUUCGACCGCAGUCCCUGCGCCUUCCGGACCAUCCUCACCUUCCUGCGCGCCGGGAAGCUGCGCUCUCUGCGCGAGAUGUGCGCCCUGUCUUUCCAAGAAGAGCUGCUGUACUGGGGCGUCCCGGAGGAGAGCUUGGAAUGGUGCUGCCGGCGACGCCUCCUGCAGCGCGUGGAGGAGUGUGACGAACUAGAGCGGGUGGUGGAGGAGGAUGAGGAUGACGAGGAGGACAGUGGAAGCGGAUUGGCCAGGGAGUCCCGUCUCGGACACUGGAUGGGAAAACUAAGAGACAUGGUGGAGAAGCCUCAUUCCGGCCUCCCCGGGAAGAUCUUUGCCUGUCUGUCAGUGCUGUUCGUCACCAUAACAGCCGUCAACCUUUCCAUUAGCACCAUGCCUGCCAUGAGGGAGGAAGAGGAGACUGGCAAAUGUUCUCAGAUGUGCUACAACAUCUUCAUCGUGGAGACGGUGUGUGUGGCCUGGUUCUCGCUGGAGUUCACGCUGCGCUUCAUCCAAGACCGCAGCAAGCUGGCCUUCCUCCGGCAGCCGCUCAACCUGAUCGACGUCGUAGCCAUCCUGCCCUACUACAUCACGCUGGUGGUGGACAGCACCUCCACGGGCGAGAAGCGCUUGGGCUCGGGCAACAGCUAUCUGGACAAAGUGGGCCUGGUGCUGCGCGUGCUGCGUGCGUUACGCAUCCUCUACGUGAUGCGGCUGGCGCGCCACUCGCUGGGACUCCAGACGCUCGGGCUGACGGCGCGCCGGUGCACGCGGGAGUUCGGCCUGCUCCUCCUCUUCCUCUGCGUGGCCAUAGCUCUCUUCUCCCCACUGCUCUACCUGAUCGAGAACGAGGCCGGAGCCACGCGAGAGUUCAGUAGCAUUCCUGCAACGUACUGGUGGGCUGUGAUCACCAUGACCACGGUGGGUUACGGUGACAUGGUGCCGCGCAGCAUCCCCGGACAGGUGGUGGCGCUCAGCAGCAUCCUCAGUGGGAUCCUGCUCAUGGCGUUCCCCGUCACCUCCAUCUUCCACACGUUCUCGCGCUCUUAUGUGGAGCUCAAGCAGGAGCAGCAGCGGCUGCUGCAGCGCAGGACUCACUUUCUGCUGCGCAGCCGCAUCGCCGGUCUGGGCAGCAACAUGUCACUGGAGAGCGACGUGCUUUUUCCUAGCAUCUCAUCGGAUCACAAAAUCCAUGAGGAAUAGGAGGACGCAAACAUGGAGGACGCUAAUGAACACAGAAUAUAAAGCAGGUGUCUUCAUAUCUUGAAUGUCGUUUUACGCAUUGUCCAUCAACAGUCCGUUAAAGGGAUUUCAUUUUCAAAACUGAACAUCUUUUAUCAUUUCCUCACCCUCAUGUCCUUCUAAAACCCUAAGGUCCUUGCACACUUGAGUCCAAAACUGUUUUUAUAUUUGUCAUUCUUUCCUAUCAAAAUGCUUGCUAUGGAUGCGAAAACACAGAAACUGAUCCCACAUUUUAUAUAACGGACAAAACUUUCAGAGGCAGUGUGUAAAGCGUAUUGACACAAAGUGAGGUCGUACUUGGGUUAAAAGGAUAAUUAACAAGCCCCCCCCCCCCCAAAUAAAUAAAUCUGUCAUGAACUUUCCAGCAGAACUGGCUUCAAAGUUUAAGUUGAACAUAUCUAAACCUUUCAGACCCUCCUGAUGGAGGUCUUUGGGUUUAUUUGAAAAAUACUAGAUGUAAAAGUGAAAGUAAAUAUGAUAAGGCAGAUCUUAAUGAAACGGAUCACCAAAAAUGAAAAUUCUGUCCUGAUUGAAGGCCCGUUCACAAUAAGGUCACUAACUACAGUAUCAUGAUAACUAUGAAGUUUUAAUAAUAGUUCUUAUUCUGUGAAAAAAAGGGAAGUCCACACCGAAACUGUAACAACCAAACAAAGGAACAACAACAUUAGGAUCACUUUCAAACUUUCGGAACCUUCAUGUAAUUUCAAACCACCUACUGUGAAACACAAAAAUAGAUUUUUUAAUAAUCCAAAAAAAAAAUUUCCCAAAAGAUUCUGAUGAAUGGGCGACUGGCACUUUUCAGGCAUCAAAAAUGACAUAAGCUGCAUAAAUGUAAGUUUAAUAAAAAAAAGUAUUUUUGCGCUAUAUAAUGCCUUUUGAAUUUGUAAAACAAAAGAUGUAAGAUGUAAAACCUUAACUAAAUAAAAAAUAAUAAUAAUAUAUAAAAAGCUAUAUAAAAAUUUUAAAAGGCAAAAAUAAUAAAAGUGACAAAACUAAAACAAUUCAAACAAUUCAAAAUAAAUUAUGUACACUUAUUUAUUGUUAUAGUGUUUACAAUAUGAAUGAUAAUGUGUAAUACUACUAUAUAAAACACUAAAAUAAACUCAAGAACGCAUCAAAUUACAUGACAUGAGUGUUAAUAAAGAAUGACAGAACUUCAUAUGCUUUUAAAAUAUGCCUUUAAGAAGCAAAACAGAACUGAAGGCAAGACUUUUUUGUUGUUGUUGUUGUUAAGGCCCCUUUUCAAAACCUUUCUGCCUAAAGGUGCUUUCACACUACACUUUGAGUAUGCAAAAAAUAUAUAUUUCUGUGUGACAUUUACAUCUUGUAUUGAUCAAACAUCUUUAUGAAUUCACAGAUCACCAAAUUUUGAUGCACAGCAAAAGACGAAUUUUGUGCACAUAUGCGUGCGUUCUCGGUUUCCCAUAUUUGCAUGCAUAUGAAUAGAAGCAAAUGGAAAACAAAGGUGCAUGUGAUUGCACCUAAAACAGGAAAUGAUUCAAUAUGAUGGCCAUCAACACUGAACUCUGUUGAAUCCACACGUUUCUCAGUACUUCAGUACUGCAUGAGAAUCUUCCCUCUGUGCAAAUUUAACAAACACAAAUCACAUCACACACUAACUUGUCAGUCAAAUGUUUUUAAACACCCGGUUUGUGUUCAAAGUUUAGUGCUGCUGAUAUUUGCUGAAGUGUAUGAUUCAAAUCCAUAUGAACUGCAGAUGUCAUGCCAUAUAAUUCUGUACCACAAUAUACAAUCUGUGAUGUUUAUUGCAAAGAAAUCAUCUGCCAGGAACAUCUCCCCAUAUAAUUUCUCAAGUCACAUGCUGUUUUUUUAAUUAUUAUUUAUAUCAAUAAUAAUAAAUCACAGGACAUGAAUA